CGGCCUUGUCCUUCGGCGGCUUCCUCUCUAUCCCCGCGUCUCUGUGGUCACGAUGAGCCCGCCUCUCUUCGGAAGACCUAGUGCUCCUAGGAGUCGCACAGCAGCCGAUUCCCGGGCAGCAGGGUCCCGUGGAGGCUGGAACCCGGCUCAUGGCGGUCCCGGGGCCCGCGGCCGGGCCUGGCGCCAGGCCCAGGUUAGAUCUGCAGUUUCUCCAGCGGUUCCUGCAGAUACAGAAGGUUUUGUUUCCCUCCUGGUCAUCACAGAAUGCCUUGAUGUUCCUGACCCUGUUGUGUGUCGCCCUACUGAAACAACUGGUGAUCUACCAGGUUGGCUUGAUCCCCAGUCAGUACUAUGGGGUCCUGGGAAACAAAGACUUGGAUGGGUUUAAGACCCUGACAUUCCUGGCUGUGGUGCUCAUCGUUCUCAACUCCAUGCUGAAGAGCUUUGACCAGUUCACCUGCAACCUGCUGUAUGUGAGCUGGAGAAAGGACCUCACUGAGCACCUUCACCGCUUCUACUUCCGAGGCCGCGUGUACUACACCCUCAACGUGCUGCGGGAUGACGUCGAUAACCCGGACCAGCGCAUCAGCCAGGACGUGGAACGGUUCUGCCGGCAGCUCAGCAGCAUGGCCAGCAAGCUGAUCAUCUCNAAGAGUGUGCUGGUGGCAAACUUGCUCAUGAACACGGGUUGGCUUGGGCCUGUGAGCAUCUUCGGGUAUUUCAUCCUGGGGACCCUGGUGAACAAAAUGUUGAUGGGGCCCAUCGUGGCAAAACUGGUGCAGCAGGAGAAGCUGGAGGGGGAUUUCAGGUUCAAGCACAUGCAGAUCCGGGUGAAUGCUGAGCCUGCUGCCUUUUUCAGAGCUGGGCAUGUGGAGCACAUGAGGACAGACCGCAGGCUGCAGAGACUCCUUCAGACCCAGAGGGAGCUGAUGUCCAAGGAGCUCUGGCUGUACAUCGGUGUCAACACGUUUGACUAUCUGGGCAGCAUCCUGAGUUAUGUCGUGAUCGCCAUCCCUAUUUUCAGUGAUGUCUAUGGAGACCUGAGCCCCGCAGAGCUCAGCACUCUGGUCAGCAAGAAUGCCUUUGUGUGCAUUUACCUCAUCAGCUGCUUCACCGGGCUCAUUGACCUCUCCAGCACGCUCUCAGAUGUGGCUGGUUACACACACAGGAUCGGGGAACUUCAGGAGACCCUGCAGGACAUGACCCUGAAGUCACGGGGUGGCGAAAUCCUGGAUGAGAGCGAGUGGGACAUGGACAGGGCCGCAGAGUGGCCGGUCGCAGAGCCAACAGACACAGCUUUUCUCCUCAAUCGGGUCUCCAUCUGUGCCCCCUCCUCUCACAAACCCUUAAUCAAGGAUCUGAGCCUGAAGAUCUCCGAGGGGCAGAGCCUGCUUAUCACGGGCAACACGGGCACGGGCAAGACCUCCUUGCUCCGGGUUCUCGGCGGCCUCUGGACAAGCGCACGGGGCUCAGUGCAGAUGGUGACGGACUUUGGACCCCACGGGGUGCUCUUCCUGCCACAAAAGCCAUUCUUCACUGAUGGGACCCUUCGGGAGCAGGUCAUAUAUCCCCUGAAGGAAAUCUACCCGGACUCAGGUUCUACUGAUGAUGAGAGGAUCGUGAGGUUCUUGGAGUUGGCAGGCCUGUCCAGUUUGGUGACGAGGACAGAGGGUCUGGACAAGCAGGUCGAUUGGAACUGGUACGAUGUUCUGUCCCCAGGAGAGAUGCAGAGGCUCUCCUUUGCCCGGCUCUUCUACCUACAGCCCAAGUAUGCAGUGCUUGACGAAGCCACCAGUGCCCUGACCGAGGAGGUGGAGAGCGAGCUCUACCGCAUUGGCCAGCAGCUGGGCAUGACGUUCAUCAGUGUGGGACAUCGACAAAGCCUCGAGAAGGUACCCAAGCUCAUAGAGAUGGCCUAAGGAGGAGGAAGAGCCCAAAGGCUGGGCCUGGCCAGGGCCAGGGGCCCUUCAAAAUGGGGAGUGGGGGUAGCAGAGAGGGCAGGGUUGGCCUCCUGCUGUUGUGGCCAGGGGAGCCUGACCUCAGCGUCGUGCUGGUCUUGCAGUUUCACUCUUUGGUUCUGAAACUCUGUGGGGACGGAAGAUGGGAACUGACCAGAAUCAAAGUGGAGUGAAGCCAAAGGUGUGGUUGGCCACUGGAAGAAGUGCCCAGCUCGGGGCAGAUCGGCGUUCUCCCGGAGAGACCGGGGCGUGGGGGGAGGGCUGCAGGAGACCCCUGGCUCACCUCCCAGCCCCUGUGCGGGGAGCGCUGGCAGCAGGGGGCCCUGCCGGGAUGUGGCACUCUGGGGGGCACCCAGUCCUUCCAGGGCGCCUCCUGCUGCCUCAGCCAGAGCUCCCUGCACACUAACUGCCACUUACUUACGAACAGCCUCAGAUUGUGUUUUCUAAAGAAAAACCUGAAAGUGUGGGAUCUGUGAGAAAUGUAGGGUCAAUGUGGAGAGAAUAUCGGGCUUAAAGUCAAGAGAUCCAGAAAUUUUUUAAAUCUGUUAAAUUUUGUAGCAAUAGAUUUUUUUAACUUUAAUCAACUUAUUUAAAUUUUAUAACUUUUUUUUAAAGAAAAGAUAAACAUUUCUUACAAAUUGCGGCUUUCUCCCUUUCUGUUUCUUUUCUACUGUAAGGUAACCUUUCAAAUUGAAUCCGCAGACUUGUAUUUGGGAGAUGGGGGGAAGGGAGAUGCGCUCUCCAUUGUACUGGAACCUUCGCCUAGGUUUUUACUCCACACCUGCACUUUCUCUCUGUCGGUUGUACCUGAGUCACUAACCUCUAGGGCCUUCUGGUUUUCUUAUCCUAACCCAGGUAAAAAUAAAUCUCUUUCCCCUCAGUCAGCUAAAAUAAGGUUAGAGAUUUUUCCAAAAUAAUCUUUGUGAGGAAACAGCACCAACCAGGGGGAACAGACAAAACCCAGAAAUCACAAAAACUUGAGAUGGAAAACGAUUGAGCCUGAAGUCCUUAUUCUAGAACAGUGUUCCCCAAAGUUGAGUUGUCAGGGCAGCACGUUCAUGAUUUUUGCCCAAUCUCUGUACUUCUUAUACUGUGAAUUACUUAAUUUUUUUUUUAAGAUUUUAUUUGACAGAGCGAGAAAGCAGAAGGAGGGGGAGCAGCAGAGGGAGAGGGAGAAGCAGGCUCCCCGCUGAGCAGGGAGCCCGACGUGGGGCUCGGU